AUGAAGUUCGGGUGGCUACAAGUAGCCGGCCUAACGGCUUCGGUGGUUAAUGCAGAUCCUCUGGCCUAUUCUCCUCCAUAUUAUCCCUCUCCAUGGAUGACUGGUGCGGGCGAGUGGUCUGAUGCAUACAUACGCGCCGUCGAAUUUGUCUCUAACCUAACAUUGGCCGAGAAAGUCAACUUGACAACCGGUACCGGGUGGGAGCAAGAGCGAUGUGUUGGUGAGACUGGGAGCAUUCCCCGACUUGGGAUGUGGGGAAUGUGCAUGCAGGACUCGCCAUUGGGUAUACGCUUCAGUGAUUACAACUCUGGUUUCCCUUCUGGUGUCAAUGUUGCCGCGACAUGGGAUAAGCGACUUGCCUACCAGCGUGGUACGGCAAUGGGAGAAGAGCACCGCGACAAGGGCGUGGAUGUGCAGCUGGGUCCUGUUGCUGGCCCUCUGGGAAAGUACCCCGAGGGCGGUCGUAACUGGGAAGGAUUCUCGCCGGACCCUGUAUUGACUGGUGUGAUGAUGGCCGAAACCAUCAAGGGGAUGCAGGAUGCUGGUGUCAUUGCUUGUGCAAAGCAUUUCAUUGGAAAUGAGCAGGAGCAUUUCCGUCAGUCUGGCGAGGCUCAGGGAUACGGGUACAACAUCUCUCAGAGUCUGAGCUCAAAUAUUGACGACAAAACCAUGCACGAGUUGUAUCUUUGGCCCUUCGUGGACUCCAUCCGUGCUGGUGUUGGCUCUGUCAUGUGCUCCUACAAUCAGAUCAACAACAGUUACGGUUGCGGAAACAGCUACACCCUCAACAAGCUGCUCAAGGGCGAGCUGGGAUUCCAGGGCUUUGUUAUGAGCGAUUGGGGUGCGCACCACAGCGGUGUUGGGUCUGCUCUGGCCGGUCUGGAUAUGUCUAUGCCCGGUGAUGUCUACCUGGGUAGCCCUUACUCCUACUGGGGUACCAACCUGACCAUCUCCGUUCUAAACGGCACCGUCCCAGAAUGGCGCAUCGACGAUAUGGCUGUCCGAAUCAUGGCUGCUUAUUAUAAGGUUGGACGUGAUCGCGUCAGAACCCCUCCCAACUUCAGCUCCUGGACACGCGAUGAAUACAACUUCCAGCAUGCUAUGGUCAGCGAGGGCUGGGGCAAGGUCAACGAGCGCGUAAAUGUCCAGCGUGACCAUGCCCAGAUCAUCCGCAAGAUUGGCUCUGACAGCACUGUCCUGCUCAAAAACAAGGGUCGUGCACUGCCUCUUACCCAUGACGAGAAGUUUAUCGCUAUUCUGGGAGAGGAUGCGGGCUCUAAUGCUUAUGGCGCCAAUGGGUGCAACGACCGUGGCUGUGACAACGGAACUUUGGCCAUGGGCUGGGGUAGUGGAACUGCCAAUUUCCCUUAUCUGAUUACACCCGAGCAAGCCAUCCAAAAUGAAGUCCUGGAAUACAGCAACGGGCAGACCAACGUCUUCGCUGUGACCGAUAGCUGGGCCCUCAAGGAGAUGGCCGCCCUGGCUGCUCAGGCUGAUGUUGCACUGGUUUUCGUGAAUGCCGACUCUGGCGAGGGGUUCAUCAACGUUGAUGGCAACGAAGGUGACCGCAAGAACCUGACGCUGUGGAAGAAUGGCGAAGAGGUGAUCAAGACUGCUAGUCAACACUGCAACAACACCAUCGUUGUGAUUCACAGCACAUCCGCUGUUCUGAUUAGUGACUGGUAUGACAACGACAACAUUACCGCCAUUGUCUGGGCUGGUUUGCCAGGCCAGGAGAGCGGCCGCAGUCUGGUGGACGUACUGUAUGGCCGUGUCAACCCCGGUGGUAAGACUCCAUUCACCUGGGGCAAGGCUCGCAAGGACUACGGGCCUCCUCUCCUCACAGUGCCCAACAACGGUGCGGAUGCUCCUCAGGACGACUUCGAGGAUGGUGUCUUCAUUGACUAUCGCCGCUUUGACAAGGAUAACACGGAGCCCAUUUACGAGUUCGGUUACGGGUUGAGCUAUACCAACUUUACCUUCUCCGACCUGAAGGUCAUUCCUCUUGUCUCGCCUAAAUACAACAAAUACCAAGCAACCACUGGGAAGACCAAAAAAGCCCCCGUUCUCGGUGAAGCUGGCAAGGCUUCGGAUAAUCUGUUCCCCGAAGGAAUUAAGCGCGUCCGCCAGUACCUUUACCCGUGGUUGAACUCGACCGACCUGCGUGCGUCGUCCGGCGACCCUGACUAUGGCAUGGACUCUAAGGACUACAUUCCAGAGGAUGCCACUGACGGCUCUCCUCAGGACCUCCUCCCCGCUAGCGGUAACUCCGGUGGCAAUCCUGGUCUGUUUCAAGACCUCUACCAGGUGACCGCUACUAUCACUAACACCGGGUCCGUGACUGGUGACGAAGUUCCCCAGUUGUACGUUUCCCUUGGUGGCGAUGAUGAGCCGUCGAAGGUCCUGCGUCAGUUUGACAGAGUCACUAUUGCCCCUGGCCAGACCCUCCAGUGGACCACUACUCUGACCCGCCGUGACGUCUCUAACUGGGAUGUUGACUCCCAGAACUGGGUAAUCUCCGACGCCCAAAAGAAGGUGUAUGUCGGUAACUCAUCCCGCAAGUUGCCUCUUUCGGCCGAUUUGCCCUCGGUCGAGUAA